AUGCCGGCCCAUCUGUACAAGGGCAGCGAGUUCGCGCUUUCGGGGUCACCAAGCCCAUCCACCAUAAUGCUCCGCCUCCCCUGCCUCCUGCGUGGCGUCUCCUCGCCGGCGGCGUCCUCUCUCCGGCGAGCCUUCCGCUCGGCGGCCUCCCUUGAAGCCAUCCUCUCACACUCCCACCCAUCCAAGGCCUCCUCCGAGGACCAGGCGGGCCCCGCCCACCUCGCGCUCUACAACUACCCCACCUUCGCCGGCGCCUACUCCGCGCUCGCCGCUGACCUCUUCCACCGCCGCCUCGGCCGGCGCCUCCUCGUCCUCCCCUUUUCCUCCGUCGAGCCCUUCAGAGCGGAGGACUUCAAGGGUGCCGGGUUCCAUUCUUGCUAUCUUUUGGAUUUCAUCGGGCCAAGGAAUUUUGCGUUGGAGCUCUCUGGAUUCAUCCCCAGUGUGGUGGCAUUUGAUCACCGGCAAAGCACACUGGCAAGGAUCCCACAGAUGGGUCGAUGCCCAACUAACCUUGACAUCCGCAUCGACACGGCAAAAAGUAGCGCCCGAGCUGUAUUAGACUAUUUCUCCAAUAAGCUUACAUCGGAAAACCCUGAUUCCGAGACAUGUGAGAAUCUGUUGGGCCAAGAAGAUGAGGAGCGGGUUUCAAAUGUUGUCAAAUAUGUAGAGGAUGCUGAUCUGCGGCAAUGGCAGCUGCCCGAUAGCAGAGCAUUUCAUACAGCUCUCAGGGAUGAGCGUGCAAAGUUAAAUUGUGUCAGUAAUCCUCAUGUUUUUGAGCAGCUAAUGCAACUUGAUGUUAGCGAUCUGCUUGCUAGAGGGAAUUCAUUAGCUCAAAAUCGUCUAGAGGCUGCAAGGAAGCUCAUACACAAUCCUUUCAAGAUUUACCUCGGACAAGGGCUAUAUGGUGAAUGCCUUGCAAUCAGAGCCGACGGGGAUUCAAAGCUGAGCCACGAAAUCGGCUUGGAGUUGAGCAAGAUGAGUGCUGGCGCCGGAUUAAGACCAAUUGGGGCAGUGGUCUUUAUGCAACGUGGACUGCUGAAGAUCUGCUUGAGGACUACAGACAAUUCAACCAACACAGCAGAGGUCGCCAAGGCAUAUGGCGGAGGUGGAAAGGCGAGCUCAAGUUCUUUCGCACUAAGGAUGGACGAGUUCAACGCCUGGAUUAGGGAGAACACAUGA